CUCAGACUAACUUCGCCAUAUUUACAGGCUUGAUAGCACAGGCUUCAAGAUCAACCACCAGCAUAACCAGAACCCUCCUCAAAGGCGGGUUCCUAGCCAAACGUGCGCUUUAAGUUCGCGGUUUCCGUGAUACUCGUCUAAAUUUUUACUACAAGUCACAAGGCUUCUAAUCGCCUUGCGCACCCAACACGAUUAGUCCAAAUACCUUCUCCAAUUUUUACACCGUGCAUACGAUAUAUCCCUCUCGUCCCGUCAUGUCCAUCUUGAACGCGGACAUCACGCACAUUCUCAUCAACGAUCUCUUGUCUAGCAAUGGAGGUUCGCCAUCUGCGCUGUUGACCCUUGCCAGCACAUCUCGAUUUUUCCGCGAAUCGUGCCUCCCCUACCUCUUCUCUGAGGUGCGGUGGCCUCAUAAAUCCAAGGCUGAUGAAUCUGGCCUUCGUUUCUUCCCUGAGGCCCUCUGGCCAUAUAUCAGCAUCAAGAUUCACCGUGAUUUUCGGCGCCAAGGCACUUUCGGCUGGAAUGGUUUGACGAAUGGACAGAACCCUACUCGCCUCAAGUGGGGAACACUGGACAAAGAUGGUAAUUAUGUCCCUCACGACCUGGUCAAAUUCAAUUUGGCGAUUGCAAAAAUGCCCAAACUAUCGAAGGUGACACUGAGUUGCCCCUUUGUCAUACCCCGGUCCCUUUUUCAAUCGUUGGGUCUAUCGCGAUCCCUCAGCGCUAUCAUAUUCAUCGACACGCCGCUUCAAAUAGGCAUAACAUCUAUCUCCCCCGUUACACUCAAGCAGAUUUCCCUCACACCUGUUGGCCAGACGCUUCGCAUCGGUGAUGGACCAACAGAUCCGAGAUUUUCUGAUAUCACGUACUUCAUACGUGACUGGAGGAGGAAGUAUCGCUCGCAGGCCAGCUGGAGGCAAGUCCAAGAGAUACAAGCCUCCAUCGUAUUUGUCAAGACGCACGCAGCACACAUCACCCAUCUCGAGCUAUCCGGUAGUCUAUGCUCUUUUGGUGCUCUAGCCAGAAUAGAUUGGCCAUUUCUGAAAACCUUUGCGCUCACCGGUAAUGCACCGGUCACGGAGCCGUAUGAGCCGCCAGCGCACGUGCAGCUUUUCAACGUGCUUGCACGUAUGGAUGCGUUGCGGGAUCUGCGCCUACUCUUCGCGCAAAGUAAAGCGCAGGAGUUCCAUGUCCUUGGGCGCGAUGAUCCUCCUGAUCCGGCGCACACAGCAAAGCUCGCCACUCUUACUGAUUUCGCCAUAUCAAACGCUUGCAAGCUUGGUGGGAUUCUCAACCACAUGUCAUCUCUCCAACGACUCGCCAUUCUCGCUAUCGUGGACCUUCCUCGUUGGCCCAUUGCACUUGGCCAAGCAGAAGUUGACCAUGUGCUCGCAGAUAUUGCUGCGAGCACCUGUGAACUCAAACAUUUGCGCAUCAUCAUCGAGGACAAGCUAACGCCCAACGUGUGUUGGUCCAUCACCUCCAACUGCCCUCACCUUCAGACGUUAGAGAUUGAGCGGUGUGGUUACCACGAUGGUAAAUCGGUAUCAAGUUGGCAAGAGUUCCUCGAAGCACUAUCCCCUCUAUCUGCUCUUCGAGACCUGCGCAUCUGCAUGCAAUUCCCAGAAUACGACGAUGUCGAUGAAUUUGAGUCAUGGCGCAUAGUACGCAAAGACUGUGCCAAGUCCCUCGCGACGGGCCUCAAGCUUCUCGGCAAAGUCGGGUUUGAGUAUAGGAAACGCGCAGGGACCCACCGUUAUCAGGACGCGUGGCUAGACUUCGAGAUCAGUCGGAGCAAAGGAGGGGCUAUCGAGCUGUGUCAGCUGCCAGCUAUGUGGUACCCGUUCCCCGAGGUGUGGGAGUCAUCGCGGUUGCCGUUUUGAUUGAAUAUGUGUUUAUGGCAUAACGGAGGGUACUGCUUUCUUGCAAGGCUGAGCUCAUCCUGGCUAGGUUGUUUUGCGGCAUAUAUGGUUUCUCACAUUGGCAUCGGUAUCCACACACAUAGUGUACAUAGAUAUAUUUGUAUACACGUCUCUAGACUUGCUACUGAGAGAGAUAGUUGUUACUGCGUAGUGAUGUAUCUAUCAUCCAUACUGCGUGCUAGAGAUAUUUGAAUUCAGUGGCAGGGUCAGCCAA